AUGUCAGAAAUGGAACAAGAGAGACGUGGAACUUCUCAUCAGCAGCAUGGUGGUCAACAUCACCAUCAUUCGCAGCAUAAGAAGAAGUUUGAAGGUCCUAAGAGAGAAGCUAUUGUGGAUUUGGCCAAAUAUAAAGAUACCAAAAUACGUGUUAAGUUGAUGGGUGGGAGAUUAGUUACUGGUGUUUUAAAAGGUUACGAUCCUUUGAUGACUUUAGUCUUAGAUGAGACCGUUGAAUAUUUGAGAGAUUUGGAAGAUUCUUCUAUUAUUUUGAAAGAUCAAACCAGAGAUCUAGGUUUGACAGUUAUAAGGGGUACUGUUUUGUUAUCAUUGAGUCCAGUAGAUGGCUCUGAAACUAUAUAUUUACAAAUGGAAGAUUAG